AUGACAUCCGAAGAAGCUAGAAUAUUCGAAGAUAUAAUAAUCUCUAGAUUUGAAAACCCUAAUGUAUGCCCUAGCUGCCGGGAACAAGAAAACAGUGAUGCAUCAACUAGUUAUGAAUACUGGUUAGAGAAAAAAAAUUUACAGAAAACUCUCAACCGGUGUUUGAAUACUGCAAGCAAAACUGAAUCUACAUUUGAACAGGAUGGGUUUGCGACAAACAAUCUCGAUUUGUGUGAUAUUGUAAGUCUCCAGAAAGUGAACGGAAAGGAUAAAUACUUUUAUUCAAGUAUAGCUCUGGAAACUUCCGUACCCAAAUCUCUUUUUCAGACCGCAAGUGAGAAUGAAGAACCAUAUAACCAACCAUUAGCCACAAGUUGUUACCCGAGUAAGCAUGAUAUGUCAUUGUUAGAAAUGGAGUCCGCCCGUUUUCAAGAGAAAAGCAGUAGUCCUACCUUUUCAAACGAAAAUUUAAAGGAAAAGCGUGCUGCUCGUAGUUCCGGAGUUCCGAGACACAAAAGAAAUUUGGUGUUUAAUGAAGAAAAUUUGAACGCUCUUAAUCAAAACUAUAGUUACACAGGGAACCCUGUAAACAAUUCCUCAUCUCAAUCAUGCAGCAAACAUCCACCAUUCACUGAAAUCAUGAGAGAAGUGGGCAAUCAUUCUCAGAUACACUCUUCCAUAAUAUGCGAAAUAGAGUUUGGAUCAUUGAAAGGUGAGGCAACAACGUCUUUAACAUUUCCUGCUGGGGAAAGAACGGAAAGUUCAAACGAUCAAGUGAAAUUUUCUUCAACUACAUCAAUCUCAACUACCGAUAUAUCCAUCUGGGGUUGCGAUAAUGGUGAUGGCUUGCAAUAUUUUUCGGAAGCCACUACUCUCAACGAAGUAGCACCAUUACAAAUUAACUCAUUGAUUCGAUCUCCGGAACGAAAUCUCCAUAGAUUAAGAGCAACAAUGAGCGAUCACCUUUGCCCAAAGCGUGGUGUUCCACGAUACUACAUGGAACAACUAAAUGAGGAGGAUAAGUGGGUCCUUGCUUUGAUUCAAAAAAUGGAGAAGUUUGUAAGUCUUUGCACAACUCCGGAUUAUCGCAAAACCGGGCACGACACCUCUUUGAUUGAUAUGUGUGAAUACUUUAAACUUCUUAGCUUGUAUAAGGAGGAACUAAGGUGCAAACCUUUGAAUACUACUACAGAGGUCGAACAACGCAUUUUUAAUGAUCUCUUCCAAAUGGCAAUUAAUCUGGGAAUGGCUAAAAGCGAGUUCAUUUCAAUGUGGAUGGCUGGCUACGAUGAAAGCCACGCAUUGCUCUUACGUGCAGAAGCUAGAAAGAGAGGAGAAUAUCGACUCAAGGUUGAGUGGUACAGAAGAAGGGACUUUGAAAGAUGGAGAGAGCUCAUCAGGAAUCGGAAACUUAGAACGAGAAUUAAAGGGCGUCUACGUAGAUAUUUUGCCAAUCCAGUAAGGCACACCGCCAAUGGGAUUGCGGAGAUCCGUCACUUCUAUAGAGUUUUCUCACUUUUCCACUAA